UCUCAAUCGGAAGCCAAGUGUCUAAAUUUAAAAGUAAACUGAGGCAACUAGCUGAACUAGCAGCCGAAGAUAAAACUUAGGCUAUGACUGACCAGAUGAGAUAGUGAUACUAGUGAUAUAAUAAUGCACUAUAGCAAUGGCUGUAUGGCAACAAGUGUUGGCAUUAGACGCUAAAUUUAAUGCGUACCGGGCGCCAAAUAACCCACAGUUUCGUAUGUCUUAGCCUUAGUAUUUCUAUUUACUAUUUAGUCUUUUACUAAGUACUUUUCAGAUUCAGUACUUUCAUUUAUUGAAACUUGUUCUAUUUUAGACUUAGACUAACGUAGGCUUAUUAUUAUUACUAUUACUAUUUGUUUGAAACAUUCACUUGGGGGACUAGGCCCAUAAAAAAUACGUCUUAGUGUUUCACUAUUCACUUCAUUCAUUAGUUACUAAAUAAUAAAUAUCAUUAUUGGCUGCGCAAUUCCGACCCGAGAUUCAGACCCAGAAAAGAGUGUGAGGCUGGGUUUUAAAAAAAAAUAUUUAAAAUAAUUAAAUAUUAUUGAGUUGUGUUUUUAAGACAAAAUUUGGUUUCCAAUGAAAGAUAAAUGAAUGGACUAUAUGUUUGUAAACUUACUUCUUCAGUUUAACUAAAAUAAACUACCACAAAUAACAUGGACCCGGGUCCGAAAAGCUGCUAUUUUUCAAGUACAACAAUCUCAGAUCAAUCUGCAUUUGGCCAUCUAUAAAUGAUGUCACAUAUUAAGGGUGGUCAUAUUUUUGUUACAAGGGGUGUUUUAGCAUUAUGACAUCACAUAUAGAAGUGAAAAUAAGUUUUAAAAAUUGCACAUUAUUACAGAAAUUUGUAAUCUCCUUCUUUUAUAAAACAAUUAUAAUUAUUUUAUUUUCAAACUACGAUAACUGUCAUUUAUUACUGAGAGUAGAGAAUCAGUACAGGUAAGCGAGGUCGGAUAAACAGCUCUGAUCAAGUUACAUGAUGCCGUGGAGGAGGAGAACCGGGUGUAGUGACAUUGACAGUCAAGUCCAAAUGUGGAGACGGGAGGCAUAGAAUUAAGACUACCACAUGAAGUGGGAUGGAAUGAAAAAUGGUUGACAGGGGAGGGGGUGGCGGAGGGAAAUGAUAUUUGUAAAUGUUCAAGGGCAGAGUUUCUUAACCCAUUUGCAGUCCUGCAUCCCCUCUCCGCUGCUAAUCAAAGUGCAUAAAAAGGCAUCAAAAACUAGUGAUGGCAAGAAAUAUACAAUUUUCUGGAUCUUCUGCAGCUCAGGGGGUGCCCUCAUUCUUGUUUGAGAACCAAUGUUCUAGCCAAAUGUUUCUGACACAUAAUAAGUGCAGUAAUUGGAUUUCAAUGGGAUAUUAAUUUUUUCAGGUUGUAAAAAGUUUUUUAGCUGGUGUCAGUGCCAAAUUAGAGGUGUUAAUCAACUUUGAGGCCAUCCAUAAAUGACGUCAUGCAAAUUUUGCAGAUUUUGACACCCCCUCCUCCCAUUGUCACAAAAAGCUAGACAAUAUAUUGUCACAAAUUUCUGUAACCCCCACCUUAUAAAAAAUUCAACCUGUGUCCACUAUUGUCCUUUACUAACCCUUAAGAAAUUAACAAGAAGAAUUACAUUGUGGAAGUUGGGGGGGGGGCGGGGGCACCACGAGUUCACCGGACUGGGUGACACCAACCCUAGCGACAUCACUGAUAGUCUUUGCUAGUUAUUGUUGCUUUUUUUUAACUUGGAAGUUCUAAUUCUAUGACUCCCGUGUCCAAAUUUAGUAAUAAAUUCUCUCGUCUAUCAUUGUAACACCACCCCGAUUUUCUCCUCCGUGGCGUAACUGGCAUACCUGUACUGAUUUUCUCAGGGAUCGUAGUUUAAAAAUAAAAUAAUUAUAAUUAAUUGUUGUAUAAAAGAAUAAAGUUAAAAAUGUUUGUAAUCUGGGGUUAUUAAGUGCAAUUCUUUACUACAAUAUUCUGCUUUUCAUGUGACAUCACAUUUUUUAAGCCCACCCCCUUGUCACACAUCAUCACAAAAACCUGGACCCCCCCCACACACACACACCGUUUGAGAUGGCAACGAUUUCAAGAACAAAAAACAAAACCCAAACAAACCGGACACCCCCCCCCCCCCCCAAAAAAAAAACACUCUUGGAAAACACCCCCCAUCCAACGAGUGACUCAUUUAUGGAUGGCCCCUUUGUUUAAGGAAAUCACUUCUGCCUAACUUUGAUAACAUUUGACUGUACAUUUCUAAGGCUUAACCUCUCCUCCCCCUUUCUAUCUCUGUCUCAUUCUCAAGAAUUGUUGAUCCCAUUUGGGUAUGGUGACCCACAGUUUGGGAAUCCAUGCUAAUGUGGCUGUAGCUUAUCUCAUUAGAUUUAGCCAGUUGCUAUUUUAUUAUUGAUUAGUGCGAUUUUUAAAAACUAUAUCCAUUACCCUAUUACUAUUAUAUUAAAUGAGCCUACCGGUAAUAAUUUUUUUAAAAGCUAUUUAAAUUACAGUUUUGGUUACAAUUAAACUUUCAAACUCACAUGUGUUUUUUCCCCUUGAAUUUUUAGACUUAUUGAAUCUUUAGACUUAUUGAAUUUAAACUAAAGUAAAUUUAAUAAGAUAUACAUUAUAAAUUAUUUAUAUAUCUUUAAUUAAAAUAGAUAACUUUCUUCAUCUUUUCAAUCCAUUAACUUAACAUUGAAACUCUGUGUACAGGAACUCUUUACAUCAGAAGACGCAGUCAGUUGUUAAGAGAACAUGCAAAAAAUGAGGUAUAUAAUAGUAGCUACAUAAUUGUUGAUAUCAUAUGGCCAUUAAUAUGAAAUAUAAAGGCAUAUCCAACAGCUCUUGUUUUGAUCAUUGUUUAAAUUUAAACAUAGUUAAAAUUUUUCUACUUCUGUAAAUAUAUUGUUGAAUGUAUCCCUACUCUUUAGAAAGAUGGUUCAUCAAGGAAAGAUUACCUUCGACUGAGAGCUCAGCUUCUCAAUUCACACUAUGGAAGUCCAGCUUUUUCUGAUCAAGGGUAAAGAAAAUUGUUUUUAUGUAAUUAAUUUUUUUACAAAAAAAAUUAAAUAUUUUUGUUUACUUAUAAUUUUGGGCUGUGCUAUUUUUAACAUAGGUGAAGAAUUGAAAUAAUAAUCUUCUUAAUAUUCCAUUUUUGAAGUAGACUGUAAUGCUUCGUGAAACAUUUUAAUUUUGUUACUAUAUCCUUAUUUAUUGUAUAAUUAAAUAAUUACUGAGGAUUAGAUUGGGGAACAGGGCAACACUUUUUAAUUCAUCACUGAACAUAGCUUGGCACUGUAUCUGUAACGGGUUUGUUGUUACAGUGAGCAGUCUUUUAGCAGCUCAAUGUAGCUAAUGUACUAAAAUAAAUUGUGUGAAGUAACAUCUUAUUGUUCCUCUAAAUUACUAUAUGACAUUUUUCAGGAGUAUCAAGAGUCGAUCUUUCAGUUUGAGGAGCCUAAGUAGAAACACUGAGGUAUUAUCUUAAUCUUCAUUAAAACAAUUGAAAAUUUCAUUAAACUUCUAACUACACACUUUUGGACUUACCCUUAUAUAAGUUAAUAAUUCUGGUUUCAUCUUUGCUUAUCUUUUCAUUUUUAAUUUAACUUGGAAGUAUAGGUCUUCUAACUUUAGUGGGCAUAGUUAAAUUGAAACAAUGAUUUUCAAAAAGUUGAAAGUUAAAUUUCAAAGCUGUUCACUACAUGCCUUACUUGCUUUCCUAGAGCUUGGAGUCUAUGAUAGCCAGUGGAAGUGAGAACAGGAAGUACUAUCAUCACCGUCGUCACAUGAGUAACAGUUCCCUGAAAUACCUAUACGAGGGCCCAAUGAAACAUGUUUAUGAUAGUAUUGAAGUCAUGCCAACAAGUGUGGCAGAAGCCAGUAGGUGAGAUGUUCAGAAAAUGUAAGAUAAAAUCAGUCUAUUUAUAAAUUAUACUAUUUAUUACCAUAAGAGAUGGUGUGAACUAACCCUUAUGUGUGAUGAAGGAAGAUUAAAAAAGUAUGUUAUUUUUAAACUUACAGAGCAAUGGCAGGAGGUAAAAGUCUUUCAGAGAAUUAUGCCUUCACAGGGAUGCAUCACAUCUUUGACCAGCAUUCUGCAGCAGGUAGAUUUGAACAGUUACCUAACAACAUCCAUCCUCAUAAUUAUAUACCAUCACUCUGCAGUAAAAUAUUUUAACGAAUGAGAUUGUGCUCUUUCUUGCUCAUUAAUGAAGCAAAUAUCUGCAGCACACAAAAUACUAGGAUUUCUUUUACUUUUAGUCUAGAAUACAUGAUAAGUGUUGUGUUAAAAACUUUAAGUCUCUUCUUCUUUUAAUUAAAAAUUUGUUGCUUAUCAUUUGCAAGUGACGAGUGUGAAAUUUGCCAACGAUGACCGGUCUAGAGUAGCUUGUUCAUCAUUGGAUGGGACUCUAUCAAUCUGUCAGCUAAUCCCACCCCCAGCCACUGUCAUUUGUAUGUUAAAAGGUCACAAGGCCGGCGUUACAGGUAAUGCUAUUUGAAUUUCAGAUCAAACUUACAAUUUAUUAAAUGAAGAAUUUUAAAUGCUUAACUAAAUUGGUUGCUGUCUUCACUUUUUAUUUCCACAAUUAGCCAGCGUGAAGGUUGAAAGUUUUAUCAACAUUAUCUGAAAUUAGCAAUACCAGUUGUAGUUACAGCCUACAAAGAACAGAGAUCAUAUGAUAUAUAGCAGGAAAUUAAUGUUGACUUCAUUUCUUCAGAUUUUGUUUGGUCCCUCUCCAAUGAUGUGAUUUUGUCCGUGUCCCUGGAUGGAACAGCCAGGCUGUGGGAUGUCGCAGCAGGCUCCUGUAUGAGAGUAAUUGAAGACAGCCUUGGUGCAGAACUGCACUGUUGUGUCUUUCAACCUCUCAACAAUAAUAUGUUUGUUGUAUCCUUAUUUGAUAGUGAGCAUUGAAUUGUGGAUUGAAUAGGUAUUAAAGAAAACCUGAUUCAAGAUUAUUUGCCAUUAAUUUAUACAAUUGUUAGGACAUUAUGGUAGUUCAUUGACCAUCUGUAACUCAUGGAAGCAUACAGAGCAACUUUUUUUUUUUUUUAAAUCACAGAUGAAAUGUUUAAAAAUUGUAUUUUUAAACUUGUACUUAUAUUAAUUUUCAGAUGGCAUUGAUAAUAAUUUUUUUUUAAAUACUCUUUAACAGUUAUCUCUAGGCCCAAAACUUACAAAAAGAUAUUGAUCCUUAACUUAAAUACAGACUGGUAACAGCCGUAGUAUGGUACAAGUUAUGAACAUGUCUACUGGUAAAGGUUAUAAGGUGAACAUUCGUAACAAUUUUUCACACUAACAUAUAUUUUAAGUUUAGACCAGAGCCAUGCAGAGGCAACCAAGUGAAGCACUAUGGACCCUGUCUGCAUGAGGCAGAGCCGUUCUUAGGCAUGGGCAAGCUAGGCGACCAAGGAAGCCUCGUCGGGCGCAUUUUUUUUUAGCAUACAACUUUCAAGUCCAUAUAUUUCAGAAGUAAAAAUUUUCUCUAAGGGCGGAAUUAUCAAUAUGGUUAGUGGUUACACACGGGCAAGAUAGAUGAUCAGUGCCAGCCCGCUGGGGCCCCACCCACCAUGGCGGCACUUCCAUUCUGCCUGCGUCAGCUCUGUACUCCCGGGGAACUCUGACCCCCCCCCUCUUCCGGAGAGCUCUGAUCCCCCCUCUUCGGGGGCCCCUUACCUACCCUCCAUGCCUAGGCCCCCCCAAAAUCGUAAGAACGGCUCUGCAUGAGGGCUCCCAAGGGUGGCAUUUUAUUGGAUACAAAUACAAAAACAAUUAGUUUUAAAUUUGAUUGAAAAUGACCAAAAACGGCCACAAAAUGGAUUUCAUAUUAGAGAUUUUAAAUGUGAAAACACAUACUUAAGAGAUAUUCUCCACGCUGGUAGGCCAGCAGGCACAUUUAAAGACAAUUGUUAGGUGAAUUUGAGUCAGUUGUUUCUAUUACUAUUAGUCUUCUUACGUUAGAUGGUCAUUUUUAUAUUAUUUUUAUAUGAUCUUGUGUAAGCAUUUAAUCAUUGUUCCAUGUGAAUGAAAUGUUUCAGGGAGGAAGCAGCAAGGUUACUGGUCGAGUCAAUGCACUGACAUUUGAUGGAAGUGGACACAUCCUGUGGGCCGGGGAUGAAAGGGGUUCAGUGUAUUCAUUCACAGUUGAUGUGGCUACCGGCAAAUUAACCAAGACUCGGAGGUGAGCUAUAGGUAGAAACAAGCUCAUUUGAAACUUACAAAUCUGUCAUCGCCCUUAAUAGUGUAGAACCAAGGUUGUGUAGUGUAGAUGUUUGACUUUGCCCAUACAAUAUAGAUCAUCUGUCUAGUUGUGGAUAUUUGUGGCCUAUAUUGCCUAUUAUUAUAGGCUUAAGUAUUUAGUUAGUACAUAUAGUUAAGGUUAUAGUUAACAAAAGUAUAUAAUUUUUUUUAGGUCAGCCAGGCCUGCACUAGUCUAGAUUAACCGGUCACUAUAUCUAGUACUUUUAACUUUACCAAGUUGGGCCUAACUCAACAAGCACGAAAAUGUAUUGGAUUUUGAAAAAAAGGUUUUCAGCAAAUUUUAAAGUUACCAACAAUAAUCCAGAUGAAUAAUUGUGAAAAUGUUUCUGUCCUAAAAAUUAGUGUUAAAACACAAAAUAUUUAAUUGGAUGUUUUUUAAAAUUUAUAUUCAAGUGAGUUAGACAUUGACAUGGUAAAGAAGAUGUAGGUGUGGCAAAGGGUCUUGUUUUUUCACACCUUGUAGUCUAACAGGAAAAUUCUUUACAGCGACGGGCUCUCUGUGUCAUCUCAGUAGACCUCCUCAGAUCCACUAUUUGAUGCAGGUGUGCUAGUGGACUCGAGUUCAAUCACUAGCAAAAGCAAAAACAUUACCAGCACCCUGGGUGGAUGGGACUCGUUAACCUUGGAUGACUUCUCAUCUGAGAGAAGGCAAAUUCUGAAAUCAAACCCGGAGAUGGAGGCCCGUGGGUGAUGUGACAUUAACAUAAUGAAAAUUCCGACAAGUCCUGCAAUGAAGAAUGCAAAAAGAGCAUAGGGAAACACACAAGACACACUGCUGGUCAUCUACUGCAUCUUGGUCUAUUUACUAACCUGAUUGCAGUCUCUCCCUUAUUACCCUAUUUCCAGUCAUCUUGAUUAAGUCUUGCCAUUGGAUCAGAUAAAGACGAGGCUGAUGAAUUGAGCAAAUCUUCUUCACUUUAAAACAAAAUACAGCUCAAGUCAAGGCUACUACUCAUCAUCUUCACAAACAAUAACAUUAUAAAUAACGGGUCUAAUGGUGAUACAUUUUUGGCAGGAGAUUUCUAUGGAAAAGCACUGAUCUAGAUAACAUAUCAACAGUUUUUUUUUGUACAAGUGGUCUCAAAAUACCUGUUGAAAGUGUUUAGUGGUGGUUAAAUUCAGGAAAAGACAUGAUUAUAAGCUACAAAAAAUUAAAGAAUGUUCAGAAUAAUUUUUUGUCUCUUAUGAAUAAUCAAAGUAACUUAAAACCACAUGCUCACUUUGGCACAAAAUAAUUGGUUAUAAUACGAUGCAAAUUUCUGUUUUUAAGAAUGCCUGUAUCAGAAGGUCAUCCUGUCACAAGCCUCUCAGCUAGAGCAUGGAUCAGUCGUGAGGCCCGUGAUCCUUGUCUUUUGGUCAACUGCUGUGUUAAUGCACUGUCUCUGUUCAGGUAAUAUAUAGUGUUAUUGGUGAAAUGUGUGGUAUUCAAUGGAUCAACAGACAUGAUCUCAAUAAUUUUAUAUGGUAGAAGCACACCUUCAUUGUAGAUAUCCAAAAACUUUUUAAAAAUGGUUUAGUCUGGGUAGUAGCAGGUUUCUAAGUAAUUAAAAAAAGCUAACAUAUAUCUAUAGGUGCCUGUGUGUGUGUAUAACGCCUGAUAUAAAUCGUAUCAUACAUCACUGACAAAUAUGAAUAAACCAGAUUUAGUAAUUUAAGCGUAGGGUCACAAAAGACUUGACUGCUGAAAAAUGGUGAACUGUAGUUCAAAUUAUGAUUGGUGUAGAUGACUUUACACUAAAUACAUCAGAUAACAUAUCAUCAGCAGUUUUUAACUGAUUGUAGUGGCACACUGGUUCGUCACAGCCGUGUCACUAGAUUUUCAUCUUUUAAAGGGAAAAAAAAUUCAAUAUAUAAAAAAAAAAUUUAAAAAAAAGAUCUUUAGGGGUAUUUUACCUACAUAAUAAUUAAUAUAAGGAUAUUAAAGGUAAAAUGGUAUUUAUAAUAAUCUUAAUUAUCUAAUUUAAAAAUAACAAUUAACUUGGACCUAAUGAUAUUGACAGUGUUGAAACUUAUCACAUUAAAUUUUUAACAGAAUAAUAUCUGAUGAUGGGGCUCUCCAAUUAAAGAAGUCGUUUCCUAUCAAACAACGGACAUUGUGUGUUAAGAGCACAUUCUGUCCUCUAAUGUCAUUUCGUCAAGGAGCUUGUGUCAGUAAGUAGUUCAACUUAAAAAUCAUUUAUAUUUUUUUUUAUUGGUCCGGUCUGCCUUGGACUUGUUUUCACCCAUUUUAAUAUAACUGACUCAUAAUUUUCAUUAAUUACUAAGCCAGCUAAUUUUAUAAUUUAUAUUAUAUUAUUAUUAAUCACAAGGAACAUGACAGGCUUAAAUAAAUAUAUACAAUUCUCAGCUGAAAUUAGGACAUUAUAGUAUUGUCUCAUAUCUUUUUCUUUUUUUUUUUUAAAAAACCCCCCAGUCUCAGGUAGUGAGGACAUGUGUGUUUACUUUUUUGAUGUGACAAAGGAAAACAAACCCUGUGUCAACAAACUCUUGGGUCACUCAGCCCCUGUCAUAGAUGUGGCCUUCAACUGUGACGAAAGCCUGCUUGCCUCAUCUGACGCUAAUGGUAUGGUUAUUAUUUGGAAAAGAGAGGGUAAACAGACAACUCUUUACAUCUAGGUUGGUGCAGACUUUUGACACAGUGCAAUAAGAAACUGAUGAUGCGUUUGGAGACAAUCUCAUUUGUGGCUACUGAUUCAUACAGGGACGUAGAGGUCAACUUUCUGGUUUGAGACUCUCAUUGCUUAGAUACUGAUAUAUACAGAGGUUUACCUGCUGGUUUCAGCAUGAUCUCAGUGGACCAGAUUUAUACAUAAGGAGAAAAGAGUCUAAAGAGGUGUCUCUUGAUUAUUUUAUUGUUUUACACUGUUGUCGUUGGAUGUAAUAAUUGUUUUAUUGCUCAAAUAUUUAAUUUACUGCCUGCGGUUGUACUUUAUAACAAACUGGGACUGUGGCAAUUUAUUUUUUUAAUUAGUGGCUGUGUUGAUCUAUGCUAAAGGUCUUAACAUUCCAUGUUCUCUUAAUGAAGAGAAAAUAUUUGGAGGGAGUUAUAUAUUGUAUGAUUUUUGUAGAAUUGUUAGUGUGAGAGCAAUGUACACCACACUUACCAUAUAUUCCCACAUAUAAUGCAAAGCCCUAAAUUUUUGUUUUAAAAAAGCCAUUAAAUGCUAUGACAUAUAUAAAUACAAUACAAAAUGUAUUUCCUUAAUUCAAACUGUAUAUAUGUGGACUCGAUUAACAGAUUAAAUUUGUUUUUAAUAAAAAUGUCAAAGUUCUUUAAAUUACUAUAAUACCUGUAGCCUAUUUAAAAAUAAUGAUUGUCAUACUGAUAUAACUAUGCUAAUGCAUGUACUCUACAAUUAUGAAGUAGAAACAAAAAAUAAUUUUGUAGUUGGUCGCCACAACAUGGGGAACUGUAGUUAAGGGUCGUGGCAUUAGGAAGGUUGAGAGCCACAGGCCCAGAUUUGGUUUGAUUUAAUAAGGGCCAUAUAUAUAUAUCGUUAACCGAUAAUAAAAAAAUUCUUUAAUGCUCUUAUAAUGCGCACAUCUACUUUCUAGCGAAAUUUUACCCAAAGUUUUUUGCAUUAUGUGCGGUAUUAUACGGUAAAUCCUGGAUUUCUAAAGAAAAAAUUCUUAAUUAAAGUUCAGUUACUCAUUUAUAAAGGAUUGACCUUAUUUUAUUGUUUUCUUUUAAGAAAUCUAAUUUUUCAAAAACUUGUCAACAAGAUUCGCUAUUUUUAAAAUUGUUGACCAUAAAUGCUAAGAUAACAAACCAGAUAUCUUUUGAGCCUUUAUUUUUUCCACACAACAUUUAUAAAGUAACUCAUGUAACAUCCUUUGGAAAUAAAGACUGGUCAAAUAUAAUAAAUGUAAAAAAUAUUUAGUCACAUAAUUUGAUACUUCUUUAUAUUUUGUUCAGAUGUAUUGUUAUUUAUAGUGUAAUUAAAAUAUCUAUUGAUUUAUUUUGAAUAUUGUCUUUGAUGACGAAUGAUGCUUUUUUAUUUUUAUUCAAUAUAAAUAGUAAUUUAUAAAUAAAUACAUUAUUUAUAUUGUUCAUAAGUAUGUACAAAUAAAGAAUUUUUGUAUCACUAUCAUUAGGCAUCAGCUGAGUAAAUUUUAAAAUUCUUAUUUAUAAUGAGGACAAAAAUGUAACUAGUCUAUGCAAAUCUGCCUUUGUGUUGUAAAUCGUGCAAAUCAAUGUUUGUGUCUAUCAAAGUUGCAGUGAACUCAAGGUGUGUGACAUUUUACAGAAUAUUGUUUUGUGAAUUUCUAGGCAACUAUUUCUGGCUCACAAUUUUGUUUCCAUUGGAGACAUGGUAUAUUAAACUAAUAAUUGAAAGACAACACAACAUUUUCCCUCGUACUAUUUGAGCAUAAACAUGAGCAUUGUGUAGAAUGUGCUUCACAUAAUUAAGUGAUUUCUUUGGGUUGAAAAACUGGUAGCUUAUAAUAUAAGCUUCGUCAAAAUAACAGCAUUUAUAAACAACUUGACAUCUGCAUUCCUUAUUGGCAG